CGCCGCGGCCCCGCGCCCGCCCGUGCCCGUGGACGAUGGUGGCGGCCCGGGGCGCUGCCGCCCGCCGCGGAGCGCUGCUACUGCUGCUCGCCGCCCUCGGAUCCUUCCGUGUGCGCCUCGCCCGUGCCGCAGCAUCGUGUCCCCGGAGCCUGGACUGUGCCCUACAGCGCCGAGAGUUCUGCCCACCAGGGUCGGGUGCCUGCGGGCCCUGCCUGCCCCCCUUCCAGGAGGACGACCACGGGCGCUGUGUCCAGAAACAGCUCUCACCCAAUGGACGGACCUCCGUUCCCAGCUUGGAGGCAGAAAUUGAUUUUCUCGCGGAUGUGCUGGCCAAGCAGGAGGCUCCUCGCCACCACCUGCUACAGGAUGGCAGACCCAGGACCACCCUGGUGCCCAACGGCAGCAGACAGCGUGUGGCCAGUGGGCUGAGAGGGGAGCAUCUGCAGCAGGGUCCUGCCGGCACUGUGGCAGCCACCACCCUCCCCACCACUGACACAGUCCAGAAGUACCCGGUGGAGGCAUCCCCCAUCCCUGCAAAUGACAACAUAGUGCUUGGGCUGAUCCUGGUGUGCACAGUGGCUGGGAUCUCAGCGCUGAUCGUGGCAGCCAUCUGCUGGUGCAGGCUGCAGAAGGAGGUCAGGCUGGCACAGAAAGCAGACUACUCAGCCCAGCGAGUAGCCAGCCCCCUGCCCUAUGACAAGAUCUCGGUAAGGUGCCCAUAUCUCUCCCUCUGGGAUGUUUGGCACUUAAGCCCCAGUGCUCUGCUGGAGGGAUUCCCACACGGUGGAGGCCUCCCACCAGCCAGGCUGGGACCCUCCAAAGCCCAGUCUUCACAACUGUUCCUGCUCUCUCCACAGCCCGGGGAUAAGACACUGGCUCAGAGUGCCCAAAUGUACCACUACCAGCACCAAAAGCAGCAGAUGCUCUCCCUGGAAAAGCAUAAAGAGGAGCCCAAGCUGCCAGACUCGGCAUCAUCUGAUGAGGAGAAUGAGGAUGGAGACUUCACCGUGUAUGAGUGCCCUGGGCUGGCUCCGACCGGAGAAAUGGAAGUGAGAAAUCCGCUGUUUGACGACUCCUCCUUACACCCCUCCAACCCCAAGUUGCACCAGUAACCACCCAGUCUCCUGUGCCCGAGCUUGCUACAGACUGUGCCCACGGCCGUGCCUGGAGGGGUGACCGUGCAGGAGGGGCACCCACAGCUGGGCCGAGGGACGCUGACCCUGCGCUGCCAGACUGUUUGACGCCUGCCCAAUAAACACCCACUAACAGCUAUGGGGGGGAUCACCCCCGUUUCCAGCGUCCUUGUCCUCUUUGCUGCUGUGAUUGCAUCCCUGCAUUGCCCUUUACUCACAGCUCUCGCGGGCACGGGGGACAGCUGCUUUGGCACAGAAACUGGGGAGUGAGGCGGGACUGCCGCACUAGUUGGCUUUGAGGAGGGGGCUGCUGUCCUGGCUGCAGUUAGGCUGAUGCAUAGCAGAUGGGAAGGAGCCAGAGAGAGGGUCAGAAAGCAGGAGAGGGCCAGGAGGGCUGGGAAUGAUCAUGCCUGGCAUCAGAGAUGCCAGCCUGCCCAGAGCCCCUCUGCCAGGGAUGGAGCCUUUCCCUGGAGCAGGUGGUAUCACUUACAGGCUUCAGUGCCCAUUCUGCCUCCUCCACCUCAGCCUGGGUAGCUCCUGGCAGCAGGACAGUGCUCUGGGAGCCAAUGGCAGGAGCAGGAGCAGCUUGAGCAGGCAUUGGCAUCACUCCCCAGGAUGCUCAUUCAGAUGCUGCCCUGUGCUCUGACCCCUUUAGGGGUGCUGGGCUUCAGGUCCCCUGGGGCAUGGAGAGUCCCGGUGUCACUGUGGCCUGGGAGCCCACAUCAGUCUGUGAUGGCAGAAGAUGGGCUCUCUCUUACCAGAGACCUCAGUGGGGAAAAAGGCUCAGAAAAAGUGUUCAAGGUUUUGUUUUUAAGCUUUUGUGGCUCUGGACAAGGAAGGAACAGAACUGGAGGGAGAUGGGGUUGCUGAGAGGGGUAGCAAAGGCAUGGAGGCUUUGCUGUGCUGCUUCAAACCCAACAGAGACCAUGUCCUGGCAGCAACCCUGUGGAGCCUGGCAUUGUGUGUUCUCUGGGCAUCCGUCUCUGGCAGGCAACAGUCUCCACUGCUCCAUCCCAGGCACCUCUCAGGCCUCAGACACUCCCUGCACCCCUUUGUUACCUGUGUCCAGCCUCACCAGCCUUUCACCAACAUGUUCUUGCUUGGAGCCCAGUAUUGCUCCUCAAACCCUCCUGGGUGCACAGGCCAUGAAUCUCUCCAGUGGAAGGUCCAGAGCAGGGGUUGGGGUUUGGGUUACUUUGCACAGCUGUGGCUUCAUCUCUAGACCCUGUUGUGGACUGUCACUGCCACAGGUGACCUGCUGUGCUCACGGUAGCCAUUGCACACUCCGGCAGGCAUUGGCAGGGCAGGCAGCAGUGGCAGGGAUGUGCUGGUGAGUGGUG